AUGGACUACCUCAUACGCUUCGUGCAGAUGCACGAGUCCUUCCGCCAAGCUGAGACCGAUGCCAUCGCGGAUCUCGAAGGCUUGCAGAUGCAAUGGCUGCACUACUCCGCAGAUGCCCCCUUCGCCAUCAUCCGCUUCACAGGACCCACCGGCGAGACCACCUCCGCCGCCCGCACCCUCAUCGCCCGCUCCAUCCUCGCCACCUCCAUCCACGAACUCUGGGGCACCGGCCCGGACUACCCCACCCUGCACACCUCCAUCCGCGCCCUCACCUCCGCCCAAUGGCCCGCCUACCAACACACCUCCUUCCGCUUCACCAUCGACUCCUACCACUCCAGCCGGCCCCUCGCCUCCCAACACACCCUCAUCGAAUCCUUCGCCUACAUGUCCUUCACCGGCCCCAUCGCCAUGCGCAACCCGGCCAACCACUUCACCGUCUUCGAGGAAUCGCGCCUCGACGCCCCGACGCCGCACCGUCUCUACUUCGGCCGCUUGGUCGGCGCAAGCGGGCGCAAACAAGCACUUGUGAAAUACAACCUCAAGAAACGCACCUACAUCGCCACGACCUCCAUGGACGCCGAACUCUCCCUCGUCACCGCCAACCUCGCCCAAGCCGCAGCGGGGAAACUGAUCUACGACCCCUUCAUGGGCACGGGCUCCUUUCCCCUCGCGUGCGCCCAUUUCGGCGCGACGGUCUUCGGCAGCGAUCUGGACGGUCGUUCCAUCCGGGGGCAAGGCGCUCGCAGCGUCAAAGCCAACUUCGAACAAUACGCCACCGCAUCCAACUACCUAGGCGGCUUCGUCGCGGAUCUGACCAACACGCCCCUGCGCCACACACGUACCCUCGACGGCAUCAUAUGUGACCCCCCUUACGGCGUCCGCGAGGGACUGAAAGUCCUGGGUAGCACGCGCGUGGCGUUGAAGGAGGUCGUGUACCUCUCCGACGGCACGCCGGCGCAUUUGGGUGCGAAUUAUAUCCCGCCGAAGAAAGGGUAUCGUUUCGAGCGGAUGUUGGAUGAUGUGCUGAGUUUUGCGGCGGAGGGGUUGGUGGAGGGGGGGAGGUUGUGUAUGUGGAUGCCUGUUGCUGGCGCUGGGGAGGAAGCCGAGUAUGAGAUUCCGCGGCAUCCGGCGCUGAGGUUGGUGAGCGAGUGCACGCAGGAUUUCAACAAAUGGUCCCGUCGCUUGCUCACGUAUGCGCGGUGCGCGGACGGGGAGGUGGAUGCGGAUGCGUUGCUGGCGUAUCGCGCGAGAAGGUCGGUUUUGUCGGAGGCUGAAAUUGGGCCUGAGGUGAAGACGACGGCGAACAAUCUCAAUGCGUUUCGGAAAAGGUAUUUCGAGGGGUUUAGGGAGCGGUCUGCGGAAUCAAGGUGCGAUUGA